GGCAAUUUUCAUCUAUCGACGGUGACGGGCCUGCUCUUUCUUUUACCUCCAUCGUCCUCGCCAGCGAACAGCCCAUCUCGUACACAAUCUUCGUCGAAAACAGCUGCCUAUUCUAUGGCCCCUUCCCUCAAUGAUCUCCAACCUGAUUGUUCUCUUCCUCUAGUCGAGGACAUCGCUACCCAGUCCUCUCUCGACAGCUUCAACUCUGUCCAGCGCGAUCCUGAGUCCUGGGCCGGUGCUCUUCCUGCUAGUCAAGGCCUCUAUUCGAAUGAGCUCGAGAAGGACUCUUGCGGUGUAGGCUUUAUCUGUCACAUCAAAGGUGCUCAGAGCCACAAAAUCGUUUCCGAUGCGAGACAGCUGCUCUGCGCGAUGACCCACAGAGGGGCCACCGGUGCUGAUAGUCGAGAUGGAGAUGGUGCAGGCGUCAUGACCGGCAUUCCUCACCAGUUCUUCAAGCGUGAGGCCGAGCGCGACCUUGGUCUCACUCUCCCCGAGCCCGGGGAAUAUGCUGUCGGCAAUAUCUUCUUCAAGCCCAACGAUCCCAUCCAACUUCAAAAGCAACAAGCUAUCUUCUCUCGCGCUGCCAGUGAUCUCGGUCUUCGAGUGCUCGGAUGGCGUGAAGUUCCGACUGAUGGCUCUAUUCUCGGACCCGCGGCCAGUAGCAAGGAACCCGUUAUCCUUCAACCUUUUGUCGUUCUUCGCUCCCACUACGGCGACGGCAAUCAGAGUCAAGGUGGUGCGUUUGAUGCCAAACGCCUUGAACGACAGCUCUAUGUGCUUCGUAAGCACGCUACGCACAGCAUUACACUUGCCAAGGGCUUCUACAUUUGCUCUCUGUCAUCGAAGAACAUCGUUUACAAGGGCCAGCUUUCGCCGCCUCAAGUUUACAACUACUAUCAUGAUCUCAACCACGCCAUGUACUACUCCCACUUCACUCUCGUCCAUUCGCGCUUCUCGACGAACACUUUCCCCAGUUGGGACCGUGCACAGCCCAUGCGGUGGGCCGCUCACAACGGCGAAAUCAACACGGUUCGCGGCAACAAGAACUGGAUGCGUGCUCGUGAGGGCGUACUCACUUCCACCAACUUCGGCGAGGAUCUCGACCUUCUAUACCCCAUCAUCGAGGCUGGCGGUUCCGACUCUGCUGCCUUCGAUAACGUUCUUGAGUUGCUGGUUGUGAAUGGCGUGUUGACCUUACCCGAGGCGGUUAUGAUGCUUAUUCCCGAGGCGUGGCAGGGUAAUGAGCAGAUGGAACCCGAGAAGAGGGCGUUCUACAACUGGGCUGCUUGUCUGCAGGAGCCUUGGGAUGGGCCCGCUCUGUUCGCCUUCUCAGAUGGGCGUUUCUGCGGAGCCAAUCUUGAUCGUAAUGGCCUUCGCCCGUGCCGUUUCGUCGUCACGAACGAGGAUAUCAUGGUUUGCGCCUCUGAGGUCGGAGCAGUCUUCAUACCACCGGAGAAGGUCGUUCAGAAGGGUCGUCUGAAGCCUGGACGUAUGCUACUCGUCGACACGAUGGAGGGCCGAAUUGUAGACGAUAAGGAGUUGAAGCGGAAUACGGCCAGGAAGCAGAACUUCGCAUCUUGGAUCGAGUCGAACAUGCUCCUCGUUCCUAACAUUGUCAAGCGCGUCAUGCGUAGCCAGUCCAUCGAGGCCCAUCCUGACGACACAUCUUUAAGCACCGACCCUCGACUUCUCGCUUUCGGGUUCACCGUUGAGCAGCUGAACCUCCUCUUCCUGCCUAUGGUGACUGAGGGGAAAGAGGCACUCGGUUCCAUGGGUAACGACGCUCCUCUGGCCGCCAUGGCCACCCAACCUCGCAUCAUCUAUGACUACUUCCGCCAAUUAUUCGCGCAGGUCACCAACCCGCCCAUCGAUCCGAUUCGAGAGAGUAUCGUCAUGUCACUCGAGUCGUACGUGGGCCCGGAAGGCAAUUUGCUCGAAAUGCGCCCCGAGCAGUGCCAUCGUAUUCUUCUUCCUUCACCUAUCAUCACCAUCGAGGAGAUGAACGCCAUGAAGAAAAUCGAGUUCGCCUAUUCUACUUGGGUCUCGCGUACCAUCGAUAUCACGUUCCCGAAAGAAGAGGGCCUGCCGGGUUACAAGCUCGCUCUCGACCGCGUCUGCGCUGAGGCCACUGCCGCCAUUGACGAUGGGAUCAAGGUCAUCGUCCUCUCAGAUCGAGCCAUAGGUCCCUCGCGCGUUCCCCUUUCUGCGCUCGCCGCCUGCGGUGGCGUUCAUCACCAUCUUACCAUGCAGAAGAAGCGCGCGAAAGUCGCCCUCAUGGUCGAAACCGCUGAGGCUCGCGAUGUUCAUCAUCUUUGUGUACUGGUUGGCUACGGUGCCGACGCUAUCUGCCCUUGGCUUAUCAUGGAGACGGUUCACAAGGUUGCUCGGGAGGGACUUUCCAAGGACAACAAGAGCGUCGAACAGCUCAUGUCGAACUAUCGCAAGUCAAUCGACAACGGUAUUUUGAAGGUCAUGUCGAAGAUGGGUAUCUCAACUCUCCAGUCCUACAAGGGCGCCCAGAUUUUCGAAGCACUUGGUCUUCACACCGAAGUCAUCGACCGCUGCUUCAUUGGGACCGCCAGUCGCAUCGAGGGUGCUACUUUUGACCUUCUUGCCAUGGACGCCUUCGAGCUCCACGAGCGAGGGUGGCCCUCUCGCGAAACCAUCGUGCCGCCGGGCAUGCCCGAAUCCGGCGAAUACCAUUGGCGCGAUGGUGGCGAGCCACACAUCAACGACCCGACAGGAAUCGCCAAUCUACAGGACGCCGUGCACGAGAGAAACCAGAAGUCUUACGACGCAUAUGCCCAGAACGCAAAUAACCAGGCGAAGGGUGUUCAGCUACGUGGCCUUCUCGAUUUCCGCUUCGAGAACGCCGUCCCUAUCCCCAUCGACCAGGUCGAACCCUGGAACGAGAUCGUCAGACGCUUCGUUACCGGUGCCAUGUCCUACGGAUCUAUCUCGAUGGAAGCCCAUUCUACCCUCGCCAUCGCUAUGAACCGUCUCGGUGGGAAGUCUAACACCGGAGAAGGUGGAGAAGACGCGGAGAGAUCCUCAGUCCUCACGAACGGAGACACCAUGCGAUCGGCUAUCAAGCAAGUCGCCUCUGGUCGAUUCGGUGUCACCUCCAACUACCUUGCCGAUUCCGACGAGUUGCAAAUCAAGAUGGCUCAGGGCGCGAAACCUGGAGAGGGCGGUGAACUUCCUGGCCAUAAGGUUUCUCUCUCCAUCGCACGCACCCGUCAUUCCACCGCUGGCGUGGGUCUCAUCUCUCCUCCCCCGCACCACGACAUCUACUCCAUUGAGGAUCUGAAGCAACUCAUCUAUGACCUUAAAUGCUCCAAUCCUCGCGCUCGCGUUUCUGUGAAGCUCGUCUCGGAGGUGGGUGUUGGCAUCGUCGCCAGUGGUGUGGCAAAGGCGAAGGCGGAUCAUAUCCUCAUUUCUGGCCACGAUGGUGGCACCGGUGCUUCUCGGUGGACAGGUAUCAAGAACGCCGGUCUUCCCUGGGAACUUGGUUUGGCCGAGACGCAUCAGACGCUCGUUUUGAAUGAUCUGCGUGGACGUGUGACUGUCCAAACAGACGGUCAGAUUCGUACCGGACGCGAUAUCGCCGUUGCGUGUCUUCUCGGUGCGGAAGAGUGGGGUUUCGCCACCACGCCCCUCAUCGCUAUGGGUUGUAUCAUGAUGAGGAAAUGUCACCUCAAUACGUGCCCUGUCGGUAUCGCCACGCAGGACCCUCAACUUCGUGCGAAGUUCGCUGGCCAGCCCGAGCACGUUAUCAACUUCUUCUACUACCUCGCGGAAGAACUUCGUGGUUACAUGGCGAAGUUGGGUUUCCGUACGAUCAACGAGAUGGUUGGAAGGGCCGACAUGCUCAAGGUCGACGAGAAACUGCGUACUCCGAAGACCGCUCAUCUCGACCUAUCAGCUAUUCUCAAGCCUGCCUGGCAAAUGCGUCCCGGUGCACCGACCUACCGUGUUCGGCAACAGGACCACAAGCUCUACAUCCGUCUCGACAACAAGUUCAUCGACGAAUCCGAGCCCGCUCUCACCAAGGGUCUUCCCGUCCACAUCGAGUGCGAUGUCACCAACACCGAUCGUGCCCUGGGGACUACUUUGUCGUACCGGGUGUCGAAGCUCUAUGGCGAAGAAGGUCUACCACGCGACACCAUUCAUAUCAGCAUGAAGGGAUCCGCAGGUCAAUCAUGCGGCGCCUUCCUCGCUCCUGGAAUCACCAUCGAACUCGAGGGUGACGCCAACGACUAUGUCGGAAAAGGUCUUUCAGGAGGUCGCUUAGUAGUAUACCCUCCCCACCAGUCUACGUUCAAGGCCGAGGAGAACGUCAUCAUCGGAAACGUCUGCCUGUAUGGAGCGACCUCCGGCGAGGCCUUCAUCCGCGGUAUCGCCGCCGAGCGGUUCGCCGUGCGUAAUUCUGGAGCGAACGCGGUCGUCGAAGGAACAGGAGACCACGGCUGCGAGUACAUGACGGGAGGUCGUGUCGUCGUUCUCGGUACUACCGGCCGAAACUUCGCCGCAGGAAUGAGCGGUGGUAUCGCCUAUGUCCUGGACACGGCGCACACAUUCGCCUCGAAGGUGAAUAUGGAGAUGGUCGAACUCGGAAAGGUCACGGAGCCUCGAGAGAUCGCGGAGCUUCGUAGUCUCAUCGAAGAUCAUCGCCACUACACUGGGUCUGAGGUCGCUGACCGGGUCCUUCGUGACUUCCACCAUCUCCUGCCUCUGUUCGUUCGUGUUAUGCCAGGUGACUACAAACGCGUCUUGGAGGAGCAGGCUGCGAAGGCGAAGGAGGAUCGACUCCGUCACAGCGUCAUCGAUCUCGUGCCGUCUCGCACCGCCAGCCAGGUCGACUUGGCGUCGGAGGGCUUGGAGGACAUCCUCCUUCCGAAGGAGCCUCAGUCUCAUGUUACUUCCGUGCACGCAACUUCCAAACGCCACGAACCGUCUGUUGUCGAUCUCGAGGAUUCCAUGGUGGAUGACGCCUCUACCAAACAACGCUUGCACAAGCUGGACAAGACCCGAGGCUUCAUGAAGUACAAACGACUCGGCGAGGCUUACCGCCCUCCUCGUAAACGUACGAAGGACUGGAAGGAAAUCUCCACCCGUUUGACGGAGAGCGAGCUCAAGUACCAGUCUGCUCGUUGCAUGGACUGCGGUGUUCCUUUCUGUCAGUCUGAUUCGGGUUGCCCUAUCUCUAACGUUAUACCGAAAUGGAACGACCUCGUCUUCAAGGGUCAGUGGCAAGAUGCGCUGAACCGCUUGCUCUUGACGAACAACUUCCCGGAGUUCACCGGUAGGGUGUGCCCUGCGCCCUGUGAGGGUGCAUGCGUCCUCGGUAUCAAUGAGCAGCCAGUGGGGAUCAAGAGUAUUGAAUGCGCCAUUAUCGACAAGGGCUUCGAAAUGGGGUGGAUGAGCCCCAACCCUCCCUCCUUCAGCACUGGGAAGAGGGUAGCAAUCGUCGGAUCGGGUCCGUCUGGUCUCGCAUGCGCAGACCAAUUGAACAAAGCAGGCCACAAAGUCACUGUGUACGACCGCAAUGAUCGCAUGGGAGGUCUCCUCAUGUACGGCAUCCCGAACAUGAAACUUGACAAAGCUGUUGUCCAACGUCGUCUGGAUCUCAUGGCUGCCGAAGGAGUGACGUUCGUUCCUAACACGCACGUUGGUGUUGACGUUGACGUUGAGGACAUUCGGGCUGAGCAUGACGCAGUCGUUAUCUGCACUGGUGCGACAUGGCCUCGCGACCUGAGAAUUCCUGGACGCGAUGCGGAUGGUAUCCACUUCGCCAUGGAGUUCUUACAGCUGAACACUGCAUCGCUUCUUGACUCUGGACUGGAUGACGGAAGAUACAUCAACGCGAAGGGCAAGGAUGUCAUCGUCAUUGGUGGUGGUGACACUGGAAAUGAUUGUAUCGGUACUUCCAUGCGUCACGGAGCUAAGUCGGUCACCAACUUCGAGUUGCUUCCAAAACCGCCUGUGUCACGCGGCAGGGAUAAUCCAUGGCCACAGUGGCCGAGAAUCUUCCGCACGGAUUAUGGCCAUACUGAAGUCGCAGCUCAUUUCGGAAACGACCCUCGUGAAUACUGCAUUUCCACGAAGGAGUUCGUCCUUGAGGACGGCAAGCUCAAGGGCUUGAAUACCGUCCGUGUCGAAUGGACCAAGGACAGCGGUGGCCGGUGGAAGAUGGAGGAAGUUCCAGGUUCCGAGAAAUUCUUCCCCGCGCAACUUGUCUUCCUCGCCCUCGGUUUCUUGGGUCCGCAGGCCGAGGUUAUCAAGGCCCUAGGUAUCAAGCAAGACGCUAGGUCAAACAUCGAAACGCCACACAAGAGUUACUCAACCAAUAUUGAUGGCGUUUUCGCCGCCGGCGAUUGUCGUCGCGGACAGUCGCUUAUUGUCUGGGGUAUCAAUGAGGGUCGUGGCGCCGCCGCUCAGGUCGAUGCAUGGCUCAUGUCCAAUACCAGACUUCCGGUUGCUGGCGGCAUCAAGACGAGGUCCUUCGUUCCUCCUCCUAGCAAGCUCUCCGGUGUUGUGCAAGCCUGAAAGCUUCCUAUGCUUUCGGCAACGAAACUAUCUGUAUCAAUAUUCCGCGUACAAAUUGUUUGGGUUUUAGGUUGGUUUUGCUGCUGUUGUUGCCACUGGCUAAUGUUGUAUCGUGAUAUGUUGUUUGUAUCUCGACGUCUUUGGGAUUAUGGAAUUGUGACGAUGAAAGAAACAGGCAUAGGAAGAAAACCAGGUUUCCAUCCUUGUAUUCAUACGAUAACGUCGCUCCCCAUACUCGCAUUUCUCCAUUGUGUUCACUACGAAUCUAUCUCUCUUCUUACUUCUCUCUCCUUAUUGCUUCUCUCCGCGAUGUAUCUCAUGCAUAUAGUAAUGACAUUCAAC